AUGCAGAUCCAGGUCCGGUGCGAGUGCGGCGAGGCGGCGUGCCCGGAGUGGGCCGUGGUGGAGGUGCAAGGCGUGCUGCAGCCGCAGCCCUGCUUCUCCGGCCGCAUCCAGGGCCUCCACAUCGGCCGCCUCUGCUCCACCUCAUCCUCCCAGGGCGCGUACACCUUCACCAUAGGGUACCACGAGCUCGCUGGGACCAGGGUGACUCUCAAGAAGCCCCUGCUGGUGCUGAGGAAGAAGAAGAACGAUGGGCAAGGUGGGCCGGCGGCGGCGGUUGAGCUGGACGUGAUCGGCGUCAUCCGGCACAAGAUCCUCUUCAAGGACCGCCCCAAGGCUCUCAUCUCAAAGGUCCCGGUGAAGGAGAAGAAGGAGCCGGACAUCAUGCACAAUUCCAGCAGUUCUUCACCUGCUCUGUUGUGUGUUCCUGAGGUCAUAAACAAGAGCAGCACAAUUAGUCAAUCACUUUCGAUGAUGAUUAGUAGACAAUUCCUGAUGCUCAACUCCUUUGCAGAACGCCACCGCUUCAGCUAUCUCUGUAUAACAAUUCUGAAUUAG